AUGCCGCCUUUUCGGGAACCCAUGUCGAAACAAGUGCGAGGCCCUAGCUCGAGAUCAAAAUUAGCCUGCGAGCAGUGUCGCAAGAGCCACGUCAAGUGUGAUCAGUCGCGGCCUUGUGCUUUAUGCAAGCGACGAGGGAUUAAGUGUUUUUCACACCAAGAAGCUAUUUUCACCGCGCUCGAGUUCAAAGCACCCGUGGCUGGCCUGUUAGAAGACUUUGUCUCCUCAAAGACUGUAGAAGGUCCAGCGACCUUUGUGGAUGAAACGCAAGGGGUCUCCGACCUAUACGAGGUCAUAAGAGCGAGCGACGAGGCCUCGAGCGUCUCAUCAUACCAGCAUCCGUCGCCACGGCCUGCACUAUCCGGCCACGCUACCCCCAUCACGGAUCCCACUGACGCCUUUUUCCUCUGGCGAUACGUCGAAUUCAUCGGCCCGCGCUUCGACAUGUUCGACGAUGCACCGCGAUAUUUCUCGACAGUCGUGCCGCAGCUCGCUCUAAACGACACGCUUGUCCUGCUAGCCUGUGUCGCCGUUGCAGCCCGCCAGUACUCCCUCGUCAAUGACCAACAGCAACAAAAUCACGAGCAGGCUUUGACAUACUACAACGCUGCUAUCAAUCUGCUGUCCAAGCGGCUACAGAAUAGCAGGCCAGACCCUGCGGUAUUUUCGAGCUGUCUGCUUAUAGCUCACUGUGAGAUGGUCGAGAGCAAGGCCACGGACUGGGGCCUGCACCUCAAGGGGACGGGAAAUCUUCUCAGGAUGCAUAGCUGGCAUGGGAUGAGCGGCGGUUUGGCACAGGCUUCAUUCUGGAUUUACUGCAGGAUGAUUAUCCUUGCCUCUCUCUGUGCUGGCAAGCCGGCAGCAUUAGAACCGAAAGAGUGGCUCCCUGGGGGUGUAUUCCCCGAUCCCGCCACGUGGACGCUCGAAUCGUGGCAGAAAAAGGUUGUUUUUCUCCUCGGGAUGGUUCACGAUUUCUGGAGUCGCACGCCCGUCGGCCUCGACGAACACGCCGUGAAACUUCACGCUGCCCGAUGGAAGGAACUUGAAGCUGAGCUGGUGCGCCACCAGAGCCGAGCGCCAGCCGUGUGCUCACCUCUCAGUAUUCUACCUCCGAAUGGAGAGGACAAUCCCUUCCAGCUGGUGCGUUACUUAAACGGUCCCGUAUCCGCAGCAUGGCAAAUGCUGCACACUGCGUUUCUCAUUCUCACUAUUUGCACGCCUUGCUCGCAGGCGAGUCGCCUCCCAGUGCUCUCUAGCCCCAACGUGACUCACCGAGCACAGACAUACGCACGCCAGAUUGUUGCCAACUCGCUGGGGAAUCGAUGCUCCAUCGCAUGGGCGAAUGCCGUCCAACUCCUUACAAUUGCGGGUCAGUGUCUCGUGGUAGAGCCACAGCGGAAUGCAUGCGUCCGCAUUCUGCAAGAGAUUCAGCAACAAACGGGCUGGAACACGCGGGCAAGCAUCAAUAGACUUGGCGCAGCGUGGGAGAAUAGUUGGAGGUAUGAGUCAGGGGUGAGGCACUCGGCGGUCGGACAAGUAGAUGCUGGGAAGCUGCUGUAUCAUAUUUGGCUUGGUGACGAGAGAAGUCCAGAAAAUAUUUAG